AUGAUCCCUCUAGCCGUUAAGCAAGCGCCAUUGUGGUCUCUUUAUGCUACAGCUCUUGCACAACCGUUGGUCGCACCCCAAUCCUACCCUCUGACAUUUCUGAGCCGAACCAGCGGCAAGCCACCCGGGAUAUCAUCCCAUAUCUUGACGAGAACGAAUAAAUGCGGCACAGAAUACCUUCGACCCUACACAUGGGACUCACAAUACUUCAUUCGGGUUGAUGUCGGCACGCCACCUCAAUCGCUAAAACUAAUCCUGGAUACGGGAUCCUCGGAUUUGUGGACGUUCAGUCCUCAGGUACCACCUUCGCAGCAACAAGGGCACGAUCUGUAUGACCCGAGGCUCAGCUCGACAUCGAAACACUUAGAAAAUGCUACAUGGGCAGUCAAGUAUGGAGAUGGGAGCAGCUCAAACGGAAAUGUUUUCAUGGACACAGUCUCGAUCGGAGGCAUACGUCACUCUUCACAGGCUGUGGAGGCUGCUCAGAAUGUGAGCAUUGAAUUUUAUGGCAAUCCCAGGGCGGAUGGAAUUAUAGGGUUUGGAUUCUCCCAGAAGAAUAAAGUGAAGCCGACUGCACAGAAAACCUGGUUUGACAACAUCAAGGGGUCAUUGGGUAGAGGGUUAUUCACUCUUGACUUACGACACGACGAUAGCAGCUCGAUUGAUUUCGGCUGGAUCAACCAUACCAAAUACUUCGGAGACGUUGUAUAUCUUCCUGUUGACGUCACCCAUCAAGGAGCAUGGGGUUUUAAUAUUUCAGGCUUUCGUGUUGCCGACGACGCGCCCGUUGACCUCGUCACUACCGCUAUUGCUGAUAGUGGAACGUCACUGCUGAUCACAAAUGAAGCAGUUUUGAAAUCCUACUAUGCCAAAGUCCCCGGAGCUACGUUUAGCUCUCCACCUCUGUGGACAUUUCCCUGCGAUGCAAAACUUCCACCUUUCACAGUUCUCUUGCACGGGAUGGAAGUCAAGAUUCCUCCAUCUUAUAUCAACUUUGGCCCUACUAAUGAAGAUCCCAACCUUUGCUACGGUGGUCUCGAAAGCAACGCGGGUUUAAAAUCUGGUUUGUCCAUUUUUGGGAUCACGUUUUUGAAGUCGUUAUUCGUUGUAUAUGAUGCGGAUGAGAUGAGGAUUGGGUUUGCACAUAAGUCUCUGCGUCUGUAG